GACACUGAAAUGUAAGAAAUAUGUAAACUGAAACGGUGAGAAGAAAAAAGGAAGAGACCCUAUGAUUUCAAGCUUGUUAUUUCGACGCCCAAGCGAAAACAGCGACAGGCGAAUGUCCUCCAAAUAAUUUCAUGUCAGAGAAGAAUCGUCUGUACCACGUCGUAAUUUAUCUACACUUAAAUGCCACAAAUAUAACCUCUCGAGCCGGUCACGUGUCCGUAAGUUAAACGCUGUUGUUCUCGCUCACCUCCGACCUGUUGGUGCCUUUGACGGUCGGGCCGAAUCAGCAGAAAGGUUAUCGCAAUGGCUGCAGAGGAUCAAUUACCGCUUACCUUACCGGACACCCAAAAUGCCGACAUCUUGACCCCGCAGAGCCAGGAACAGGAACCACGGUCCCAAGGUUCCCAGAAGAUAUGGGGAAUGCUUUACCCGAGCAGUGACAGGUUGCAGAGAGUCGAAAUGACUAUGAAUGAGUACACAUUGGGCCGUGCGGCACAUUGCAACAUAUGCCUGACGGAACAACAUCUUGACAGUAAAAAAUGGUGGGGUGUUAUUAGCAAGCUGCACUUUCGAAUAACAAGGGUAAUUGUUAGCCCUGGAACGAAUGACAUGGUGGUUUACCUGGAGGACACAAGCCACAACGGUACAUUUGUUAAUAAGCUCCUUGUGGGAAAAGGAAAACGAAUUAUUCUAGAACACGGUGACGUAAUCGGGCUGGCUCAGGCUGAGAAAAAAGUUUAUACUUUUAUGAGUAUCAGCGGAUCAGAAAAUAGUAUCCUGCCUCCAGAAUUGAAAUGCAAGUACGCUGUAUCAAGAACGCUUGGUUCUGGUGUGUGCGGUGAGGUGAAAAUGAUCUAUACUAAAGUCGGGUGCAAAAAGUUUGCGCUCAAGACUAUCGCUAAGAAUAAAUUUCAUGGCUGUGAUGGAGGGAAUCCGUUCAACGAUCCAGGGAAGAUCCUCAAUGAGGUUCACAUACUCAAGGCCUUGAGGCAUCCUUGCAUAAUAAGGAUGGAAGAAAUCCUAGACACCCCGUCGUCGGUUUAUAUUGUCCUUGAGCUGAUGGAGGGUGGUGAACUAUUUGAUAGGAUUCGUAAGGAACGUUCUGGAUUGAGCGAAAGAAUUGCCAAAGUAAUAUUCUACCAGGUCGUUCUCGCCGUUCACUAUCUACACCAACGCGGGAUAACCCACAGAGACUUGAAGCCAGAAAAUAUACUGUUGGCUACUAACGCUGAAAUAACACUGGUUAAAGUGACAGAUUUCGGUCUGUCAAAGCUGGUCGACACUCAGACUAUGAUGCGCACUUUUUGUGGCACUCCACUAUACGUGGCUCCUGAAGUAUUAUUGACGCACGGAAAAGGGUCGUACACAAACCAGGUAGACGUAUGGAGUUUGGGCGUAAUUCUGUACUGUUGUUUAAGUGGGCUGGUACCAUUCAUCAGUAAUGCCAAAGAUAUAUCAUUGCAGCAUCAAAUUGUUCAAGGAAUUUACUCAUUCCCGAGAGAGCGGUUUAAGAAGGUUUCCUUGCGUGCCAUCGACCUCAUUCAGCGUAUGCUGACUGUAGAUCCGAGUAAACGGAUCACCAUUCAGGAUGUCGUACGCCAUCCAUGGCUGCUGGACAGGGAAGUGAGAAGCAUUGUUAGCGAACUAAUGAACGAAGAUGACGAAUACAACGAAAAUCUUGUACCGUUUUCUGUGCCAUCAACUUCAGGAGUUGCAUCAGCGGUUGUACACGCAUCUAGGCUUAAGGCUACAGCAGGUCUCAGACGACAAAGAAUAGAACCACCGACUGCCGCGUUGAAGAGGGCGCGCGUAGAGUGACUGAGUACCUUGUUCAAAAUACUUAGUAAUUAAACUUACGUACCAGAUCAACGUGUAACAGCCAUGGUGGGUCGUUGCGCGGAAUAAUUAUGAUUUAGGAAUUUAUCGUUUCACUUAGUAAGUUUCCUCGUUUAUGUAAAGUUGUGGACCGACCAAUGAUCAGGGUAUCAAAAAGGUGUAGCUUUUUUCUCUACUUAUGCAAAACUAAUUUUACAAGUAAAAUAGAAUCAAAGAUCGAACAAAACAAAAGUAUUAUCCUUAAGCUUAAACGCUGUGAUCGAAGUCGUACCUAGUCAGACGUGUAAAUAAUAUGAACAAACGGUGAAGACUUUCUAUUUUUUUUUUUUUUUAACUUGAUUUUUCGCGUGAUCUCCAACUGUUGUGUUAAAAAUUGUACUAGUUACACGGAAGACACAUUGUUCCGAAUGGAAUGAAAGUUCGAAAAGAAAACUUUAAGUGUUACAGUGUUAGAAUGAAGGAGCUAGUCCCUAACAUUUUUUGUUUGUAGUCCUCAAAAUGUUUUGAUGUGAUGACAAAUCAUGGGGAUAAGUAAUAGACGUAGCCCCAAUCAAUGGCUAAUACAGUACAAAGACAAGUUGACGUAGGUUUUUUUUCUUCACUUGUUAUACUCGUGCUGACGCGAGUCUUUCUAAACUCUGUUAAAAAUACCUGAUAAAUACAAUAUUACUUGAGUGUUAAGUCGUGCUUUCAGUGAAGCAAUAUAUAGCUCUAAACGAUAAUUAUCACUUUUUUUUAAUUAUAUUAUUUUCAUAUCUAUAAUUAAAUAAACGAUUAUAAGACUAUUUUUAGGUGAAAAUAACGAAGCAUUUCGUACGGUUAUUCUCGUUGAAAAUAUUUCUCGUUAAUCUUGAAUGAAAAAUUAUCCUCGUAAUUGUGAGAAAAAUAUGUAAAAGUAAACAACGUGUUAACGUAGAAAAGAAUUUUGUAUUCAAAAUCACGUCCCACGGUGACAACAACGUUAUGGUAUGAGGGAAGUAUAGGGUGAAUAAUUAUUACCACAUAUAAAU